GCAGCAACAACAACAACAACAACAACAACAACAACAACAACAGCAACAACAACAACAACAACAUUGUCGUCACGGUUUGUGAAGCAACAGUCGCACUCUCUUUCUCUCUCUGUCGGUCGCUCGCUCGCUCACUCACUUGCACAUUGAAGCUUUGUGUAGCAAAUUGUAAACUGUAAACAAAGCUCCCGAAGGGGCGCCACUUUCGCCGCAGCAAGCAGCAAGCAGACCGCAAACGCGACCACAAACCACAAACAAAAUGGUUGAUCGUCUUGUCAACUCGGAGUUAAAUACACGUCGGAUCGCCUCCGUGGAGAGCUGCUUUGGCAGCUCGGGCGUGCCGCUGGCCGUGCCCGGACGUGUUCUGGUCGGCGAGGGGGUGCUGACAAAGAUGUGCCGCAAACGGCCGAAAUCGCGUCAGUUCUUCCUCUUCAACGAUAUACUCGUCUAUGGCAACAUUGUUAUUGGCAAAAAGAAGUACAACAAGCAGCACAUAAUGCCGUUGGAGGAGGUCUCACUGGAGUCCAUACCGGACAAUCAACAAUACAGGAACGGCUGGUAUAUACGCACCACGACGAAAUCAUUUGUGGUUUAUGCGGCAACCAGCACCGAGAAACAGGAAUGGAUGGCCCAUAUCAAUAAGUGUGUAGAGGAUUUGUUGCGCAAAAGCGGCAAGAAGCCGGUGGAGAAUCAUGCCGCCGUUUGGGUGCCCGAUGCGGAGGCCAGCAUUUGUAUGCACUGCAAAAAGACGCAGUUCACGUUCGUUCAGCGGCGUCAUCAUUGCCGCAACUGCGGCGCCGUUGUCUGUGCCGCCUGCUCCUCCAAGAAGUUCCUGUUGCCCCAGCAAAGCGGCAAGGCGCUGCGCGUCUGCGAUGCCUGCUACGAGCGUUUACGGCAUACGCCAGCCAGCGGUGAACCGGAUCCGGAUACGGAUGCCACUGAGCGCAGCGCCGGCAAACUAAACGCCAGUGGCGCCGAUAGCUCAAACGAUGACGACACAGACGAGGACACUGCCUCGCCGGCAGCCGAGGCGCACGACGAGCCGCGCUUCUACGGCGACAACAGUAUGUCGUCCGCCCCGGACGAUUCCAUCGGCAGCGCAACGACGACACCCGCAACAGCAGCAAACGCUCCAAAUAACUGCUGAGUAGCAUUACAAACGACGCUGUCCAAAUUAUUGGCACACGGGAUGCGGAUUACUGGAUUACUGGUACUGCAAGACGAACAACGCAAGCAACGCGAGCUGGAGGAAACAAAGGAAUUACGCAGAAUGAUGGAAUUCAAAGCUCGUCCAAACCCAUUUAAAUAACUAACCUAAAUAGUUCUACAAUGACACAAUAGUAUACAUAUAUUUAUAUAUAUAUUUUUUGUUCUCCAAAUGUUUUUUUUCUUUUUGAUUUUUGCCUAACGCUAUCGCUGUCCUCCUCUGUUCUGUGUGGUCCGUAAUGAAUCAUUGCAUUUUGGUACGGCGAAC